AUGCCAGUCAGAGACAAGCAGGACUUAAUUAUUACAUCUGAGAAAGAGCAAGAACAAAGAUGGAAGGAACAUUUUGAAGAGACACUGGACAGCCCAGAUCCAAGAAACAGAGCAGAAAUUCCCGAAGCAAGCAUCGACUUAGAAAUCAACACAGACGAACCAUCAAAGUUGGAAAUAGUCACAGCAAUCAAAAGUUCAAAGAAUAAUAAAUUACCUGGGAAUGACAACUAUUAUUCAAAGCUAACUAUUAUCCUUGCAGCAGAUACCGUAUCCUUCAUCCUCUUUUCUGCAAGAUAUGGAAGUAUGACAAGUUACCAGCAACAUGACCUGAAGGUAGCAUCAUCAAACUACCAAAGAAAGGAGACCUCACAAACUGUAACAACUGGAGAGCUUUCUUGUAAAAUCAGGAGUGAGACAGCUCUAUUGUUCAUCAUAGCAGUGUACUGGGUAAUGAGAUCAUUCCUUAGUGACGAAAACACUGGCAUCAGGUGGACUUUUUUCAGCAAGCCAGAAGAAUUAGAUUAUGCAGAUGACCUGGCUAUAUUAUCUCAUCUGGAAACGCAAAUGCAAAGAAAACCUUCUAAUUUACAGAUAAAUGCCAGCAAAAUCGGUUUGAACACCAACAGAAAGAAAACAGAAGAAAUGUCCCUAAAUACAAAAAGCCCACCCAAAAUACAACUGAAUGGAAAAGAUGUUAAAAAUACAGCAUAUUUUACAUACCUAGGAAGUGUAGUAACAUCAGGUGGCGGAGAUGACAAGGACAUAAUAUCAAGAUUAGGUAAAGCCAGGGGAUCCUUUAUCAAGCUUAAAAAUAUAUGGAAGUCAAGCAGCAUCAGCAGGCACACUAAGAUCAAACUGUAUAAAAGUUGGGUACUACCUGUCUUAAUCUCUGGUGCUGAAUGCUGGAGAAUGAGAGAAAGUGACACAAAAAGCUAUCAAGUUUUCAUAACAGAUGCCUCAGAAAGAUCUUUAGGAUAUUUUGCCAACAAAAAUUUGUACGAAACAACAAACAAAUAA